AGCGGGCGCCGCACAUGCGCCGGGCGAGCUCCAUGUCCGCGCUGCGGGCGCUGCUGGGUUUCGGGUUGCUGGCCGCGGGCUCGCAGCUGCGGCGCGUCCCGGGCCAGACCGGCUCCUGCCGCGCGGGGCCCGCGUGGUGGGGGACGCGGCGGCCGCACUCGGGCGGCCCCGGGGAGCCGGCGGGCAUGGCGAGCCCGGCAGUGAAGUACCUGAGCCAGGAGGAGGCCCAGGCCGUGGACGAGGAGCUGUUUAACGAGUACCAGUUCAGCGUGGAUCAGCUCAUGGAGCUGGCUGGGCUGAGCUGCGCCACAGCCAUUGCUAAGGCUACCCCCCCCACGUCCAUGUCCCGGAACCCCCCCGCGGUCCUGGUCAUCUGCGGGCCCGGGAAUAACGGAGGAGACGGCCUGGUCUGUGCGCGGCACCUCAAACUCUUCGGCUACCAGCCAACCAUUUAUUAUCCCAAAAGGCCGAACAAGCCACUCUUCACCGCCCUGGUGACCCAGUGUCAGAAAAUGGACAUCCCUUUCCUUGGUGAAAUGCCCCCAGAGCCCAUGCUGAUCGACGAAUUGUACGAGCUGGUCGUGGAUGCCAUCUUUGGCUUCAGCUUCAAAGGCGAUGUUCGGGAGCCGUUCCGUGGCAUCCUGGGUGUCCUGAAUGGGCUCACGGUGCCCAUUGCAAGCAUCGACAUUCCCUCAGGAUGGGAUGUGGAGAAGGGGAACUCUGGAGGGAUCCAGCCAGACUUGCUCAUCUCUCUGACAGCACCCAAAAAGUCUGCCACCCAGUUCACCGGUCGCUACCACUACCUAGGAGGUCGUUUUGUGCCACCUGCUCUGGAACAGAAGUACCAGCUGAAUCUGCCGCCCUACCCCGACACUGAGUGUGUCUACCGUCUGCAGUGAGGGAAGAGGGGUGUGCUUUCCUCCCAAUAAAGACUUAGUGCCCCUCUCCCGAG